CUUCACGCUGUGACGGCAUCGCGCAGAGCAGCGUCGUCAGCAGGAAGAAGCCGAGUGGCAAACCAGUGUGACUUCGGUAAUAGAUUAAAUAUCGGUGUCUCUGAGCGUGUUUUUGGACCCAGACAUGUAUUACAAAUUGAAUGGAGUGACGCAGAGGCUCACUGGAGCUCCUGCCACCGCCUAUAACCCACAGGUGAGCGCCUAACACCGCAUGACCUUGUUAGCACCGGGAGGAGGACGGCUGCUAAUGCUAUCCAGACAGAAAUAACUCAAUACUGACGUCCGAGGACCUACAAUAAUUUGUUAUUUAUUCAUUUACCUACAGAUAAUACAAAAAAGGGGUUUAGCGUAGUUGUUUAAGUAAUGUAAAAGCUCAUUUUUUACGUUUUCUGAUGUCAUGGGCUCAAAACAGAUCAUUAACCAGCUGAUUAAACCAGCUUAGUUUAGCCAAUUGGUGUAGCUACUAGGGAAAACUCUGACAGACUAAAAUUACUUAAAAAGAUCACUACACAACUUUUUACAAACGUUUUAACUGAGAGUUAAUGUCAGAAAUCUCCAACUCAUACACAUACAGAGCAGUGUUGUCAGCUGUGUAUUUGUGUGUGUGUGCCAGAGAGGUAAAUAUGCCAGUAGUUGUGAAAAAGCAGUGGAUCAAACUUUGGGAAACAAAAUUACUGACCACCUCACCAACAGUUAUGUUUCAGAUUUAAAGUUAACCUGCCUCUUCUCCCAUCUCUCUGUUUCAGGGUCUGCGUCCAGGUGCCCCUCCUGUCAGUCCUCCCAUGACCUUUGCAUCUCCAACCAAACUGGUGUCAGAAGCAGGAAGCUAUGUGGAGUACAUGGGAGCCAACAAAGUCCCAGACCUUCAGAAAGCCUUCCAGGUAACGGAUUUCAUCAGAGGAAAGAGAAUGAUCAAUUCAUCAUCUGGUCACAACAAAACAAAAAGUGGAAAAUAAGGCUGUUUAGGGGUAGAGGGAAGAGGUGUGUGAAAAGAGAGCCCAAAAAGGAAGCUGACGAGGAGGACAGGAAAAGGAUGGGGGGGUGGAUGCAUUACGGAAUAUAAAAUGUGCAUCUAGUAGCAUGUAAGGCACAUGACAUUUCACAUAUAACUGCACCUGCCCUCUCACUAGAUACUGGUUGAACAGCAGAAAAUAAAGAAUUUCACUUUAGCAUGUAAGAUGAUAUUUCUUAAUUUUUUUUAAAAAAAAAGAAUAUGACAGCAAAAGAUAGACAGUGCAAAAAGAGGCACAAAGCUUACAGGGCUUAUUUGAAACCUCUACUUAAAUACAAUGUAAAAACUAAACACAAUAUUACACAAAAACACAGAAACUCGAACUUGACCCACAUAAAGUAAUAUAAGCAAUGAGUAAAUAAUUCUGAACAUACACUAAGAUUAAAAACAUAUCAAUAACAUCCAAACUUGACUGUUAUGGUUUUAUGAAUACUUGCAUGUCCGAUUAUGGUUGAGAGAAAGACCUCACCUGUAAUUUCACCACAAAACUUAUCCAACAACUAGAUACUUAAUUUGAACAGAAAUAGGAUUCACAUAUUAAGACCAUUAACCAUAACCAUAUUAUUGUUAUUAUUAUUAAAAAAAAUAAAAUGAAAUCUUUUUAAAAUGUUAGAUUGAACCUCUCUUCAAAAUUAGUGUUUUAUAGUGCAAAUUCAAUCAUGAAAAUCCGAAAUGCAAAAAUGUGGUUUACAAAAUAGAACUAUUUGCAGUAAAUUUUAUGUCCAUUCAUACUGGCAGAUGCCUUUUUUUUUUUUUUUUUUUUUUUUGUGUGUGUGUGCGCGUGUUUGGGCCAGGGGCAUUUUGCAGAUAGAGACAUAGUCAGAGACCAAAGUGCAGCAAAGCUGCAUAUCAGCUACUGUAAACAAACACCACACAGCUGCUGUGAUGUGACCUGCAGAUAUUUGAAGGAGAGCUGUGAGCCAUCUCAGCUCACUUGGUCUGUCCUUUCCUGUCAGCAGAUAUAAACAGGUGCCUAUUUCUACCAAAAAAAAAAAAUACAAUAUUCAACUCUGCAAUCAGGGUGUUGUAGCAGCACAGCAGCCACCCUCCCCUUUGUACAGUGCAUAUACAAAGGCAGAUGUGAGUCGGUCACUUUCUGUCAUCAUUAAAUUUCCUUGUAAACACCCCUUUUAUGAUAAACCAAGAUGCAAUUUAAUGAUCACAUCCCUUAAGCACUACAUUAUUCUGGCUGGGUUAAAUUCUGUAAUGGACCUCAGUCAAAUUUUCUAUUUUUCACCAGAAUGAAACUGAAGUUGUCUUUGUAAUAUGAUGCAAAACCACAUAUUCACUUAACAUACUUGAGUAAUGCUACAAACAGACCUAAAGAAAUAAAACUUUUUCAAUCUUACAUUAUGCCAGUAACACCUUACCAGUUGUUUAGAAGGCCAGACACUGAAUUUAACUGCAGUGCAGAGGAAAUGUCUCGCCUUUUUUUAAAGGGCUUUAAGCCGUCAGCAGGGAUGUUUGUCCAGCCUUUACAGUUCAGCCAUCUCCAUUACAGCAUUUAGGGGAAGAGUGACCAAAUAUUUACAGAGUCAACUUCACAUGAAGUGACUUGUUUUUGUUUUCAGUACAUUAUGACACGCUUCUGGAGCCUUACCUUCCCUGUGCUCUUUACAGUAUGAUUACAAAAAGGUUUGGUUGCUGUUUAGAAUGUUAAGAAGAAAAAUAGAUUUUGAUGAUUUGCAAAUUAUUAAAAGAUUAUUUUUAUCUUAAAAAGGGGCAAAGACUGGAAAUCAAAUGUUGAAACUAAAAAAUGUAUUAUUUUAUGUACUAGUUUUUAGAUCGAUACCAUGUUUCAAAAGGAGUUGGAACAGGGACACAUUUAUAUAUGCGUUGCAUCACCUCUUGUGUGUGAUUGUGGUUUGAUUGUUCCUGCGAAUCACACAAGGCACCAAAAUAAUAAUUAAGUGGGAUAAUAUUUUUAAGUUUAUACUGAUAAAUUGUAGCAGGACUGUUGACUUGUGCUAUUAGACCAACUGCCCUAUCAGUUAAUGUAGUGUUCUCUCAUACACCUGGCUCUUAUGGCUGAGGAGGUGGUAAAGGCAUCAUCCUUUCUGAUAAUUGGAACUUUAGCCAGUUUAAACCAAUGAGCAAUAACACAUCCUUUGAAUACCAUGCAAACAGCUGAACAGCUUUUUUAUGGAACUAGACAUGUUACUCUCAGACAUACCUGAUGAUGUCACACCUUUGGUUGUUAUGGGGGACAUGAACAUCCUUCUUGCCUGCUACACUGAGCCACAGAAAGGCGCCUGGUGCUUCCAUCAAGCCCCAAAGUCAAUAGCUCAGCUCUUCUCUUCUGUUGUCCCUAAAUGGUGGAAUGAAUUACCCAACUCCAUUUGAUCUGCAGAGUCCCUCUCUACAUUCAUAAAGUUAAAGACCCAGCUCUUCAGAGAACACUAUGCACUUAGCUCCACUGUUGUCCCCAGUGGUAGAAUAAGGCUACAAUUUGCUUUGGAUAAAAACAUCUGCUAAAUGACAUUGGCCCUCAUUUAUCAAUCUUGGGCAGAUCUGAGUGCAGAUCCGAGCGCAGAUCCGAGCGCAGGAUUAAUUGUACGAUAGGACAUGUGACAUUUAUGAAAGGGUUCGUAUCUGACCAAUCCCAGCGUACAUAUGAGCGAGUCUUGAUAAAUGCAGCGGCUGAAAUCGAUCGUCAUUAACAUGUUUAGGCCCUCAAAUAUUUGUGGUUCAGAAGCCUCGCCCACUGAGGUCAAACAUGAAAGAGCAGAAAUAUUAGAAAUAUUUGAAACUUUUCUGAGUUGAACGUGGAUAUCCUCUCAUCUAUGGUCGAAACUAACAAGGAUUUGUUCUUUGGAAGCAUCAAAACUGGUCUAAAACCAGUCCAGAAAACUCCUAUCUGGAUCAGGAUUAUGGUGGCGGUGAACAGCGCUGCCGCGGAAUUAGGGUUGGGUAUCAUUUGAUUUUGAACGAUUCCGAUUCCGAUUUCGGUUCCUCAUUUCAAUUCCUAUUCCUAUCGAUUCUCUUUUUCCAUUCUUUUAAAAGGCAGGAUAUCAAAAAAAAAAAAAAAAAAAGAAAAGGUUGGAUGAGGGCGCUAACCGGAGCUCUUCUUUUUGGAUGAAAUUUCUGAACUUCUCCAUGAAUUUUUAAAUCAUAUUAACUUUUUAAGAACUUUACUAUGAAUUUCUCACAGGGCUAUUUUCAACCAGUAUAUAAAUAUCAAUUUUUGUUGUCAGGUCGUUUGUCUAUGAAAUAGUACAAGGGCUAACGUUAGUUGGAUAUUUAAGUUUACUCACCGUACACAGUACAAUUUGUUUACCGCUUCAAAGUUAGAAGAGGACAGAAGUAAUUUAUUGUUUCACUUAUCUGAUCCUGACUGGUUAGCGGAAGACAGGUGCUGUAGAAUGCACCCCUGCCGUAGAAUGCCUCCCCUCCACUCAUUAGCUUCUUAAAGUGGAAGACAAUGAUCUCAUAUUAAAAGUAUUAGAUCAUGACAACAUGUCAAAUGGAGCAGUAAACUUUCGUUUUGUUUUUAUGUGUCUCAAAAAUGCACACAUAGAGGUGUACUUGGGUGUAUAAACUGUACAGUAAGCUGUUAAGGUAGAGAACAUUAUAUUUUCAGGACAGUAAAUAUUCCGAAUCAGAGGGCUAUUGUUUUCGGCAUAUCUGAAUAGCCUGAGUGAAAUCGUUAAAGGCACACGCUUUAGAUUCCAUUCAACGGUAAGGAAAACUUGGAUUGUUUCGCCUUGUUGUGUACUUUCAACCGCGCUCCCGUCAGGGGUGCAUUCUAUGGCAGGGGUGCAUUCUAUGGCACAACACCGGCGAAGCGCAUCAAAGACGAGCACUCUAGAGGGUAUUUCUCCUCCAUGAAUCCUGAGGUGUUUAAUCCAUAGACUGUAUAUAGAAUGGACAGAGUCUGCCUCCUCUCUGGGUGAAGCCACUCCGAGAACAGCGCCCUCUGUUGAUGGGCUGCAGUACAGGUCAUAAAUCCCGCCUCCGCCAGCAAAGCUUAUGGGACUGUGGACAAACUUUAGAAAUUUAUUACACAGAACAUACAUUUUUCUCCUCCCUGCUUGUGAUGUUGACAUGAAGACUGGUUUGUGCUCAAGUCCUCUUUUUUUCUGUAAAGCUCCGUUUUUAAAAGUUUAUUAGGGGGUUCAAGUUUUCUAUGAUUGACACCUGAUACAGCCUAUGGGCGUUCAGGGAUUGUGUAGCUCUCCCGGGGGAUACGCUGUUUGAGCCGAGUGUCAUCACAGCGACUCUCGGCGACUGCGCAGCCGAAUGCGCGCACCGCUUCUGCGCGCACCGCUCUGCGCAGCGCUGGUUUCAGGAAAUGAAGAAAAAUCCCAGAAAUACCGAGAGCUAUUUGGCUUCAAAUGUGCAUACAGGCGGAACCAAGUUGUCCAUAGUAUAUACAGUCUAUGGUUUAAUCAUGUUGGUCGUUUACCCUCCUUUGCAUGAUAUAAACUGUAUUGCUAAUGUUGCAUUGAGAUAAGAGUUCAUUCUUCCUGCUAAAGUUAGCCAAACUUUUGACCAACGAAGAAGAAGCCGCCGAACACCAACGAGGACGGAGCGUUUGAGAUGAAGCCACAGAGAGAGAGAGAAGAGAGACAGAGAGAGAAAGUACAUUGUAACCCACAGCGGCUGCAUUGCUGUGGGUUGCAAUGUACUUUCUCUCUCUGUCUCUCUUUACUUUCUGUGUGGCUUCGUCUCAUAUGCUCCGUCCUCGUUGGUGUUAAGCGGCUACUUCUUCGUUGAUUUUUGGCGGCUAUUUCGUCCGGUUGGUGGACUCCGGCAUCGAAACUUGGAAUCGAAAUUUUAAUAUUUGAACGAUACCGGAAGAAUCGAAAUGUUAGGCCCGGUCCCCAUCGAUACUCGAUUCUCGAUAUCCAACCCUAUGCAGAAUAGUGGACAGUGGCUGAAGUUUGAAUAAAUCAUUAGUCAAUAAGUUGCUCAUGAUGAUAAAUUAAUAUCUCAGACAUGCCUCAUAUUUUUAUUGCCAUGACAUAUAGUACGUUGCUCGUGUUAUUGAAAGUAUUUAGUUUUAAUUUGUUGUGUCUUAGUAAUGUAGAGCAGACUGGAGAGUCUGACAGAGGCUGAACAAAAAUAAUUAUUAACCUCACCAAACGGUGUGUUGCUGCCCCUGAGGCACAUUUUUAUGGAUUUCUAUUGGAUUUUUAUCACUGAUUAAAUAGCAAGAGCACUUUCUAAACGUAUACUUUACAUGUCAGAAUCCAUGGAUAAGGUCCUGUCUCCUCUGUACAGCACCUUUGUAGAGUCUCUCCUUGUUAUUGUUCUCCAGGCAUCGGGUCCUCACGUUGCACCGGCACAGCCAACGCACUCCAUUCGCCCGUGCAACAUUGUGCAAAACUGUACUAGCUCAAAUGAUGUCCCACACCCUUUCAGGAUUGUACAACGUCCCCGCUGCUGGUGCAAGACAGAGACACCUGCCUUUAAGGGGUCAAACGUAGUGCUCCACAGUGGCGCGUGUGCGUUUGUGCGCAAUUUUAAAACAGCAUUCCUGCUCAGUGGCAGUGUUUAUGGGCAGAGUUAUUAAAUAGGCCUAUUCACUAAGGACAUAACAAGUAUAUUUUAUUUUAUUUUAUUUACGUCUUAAUCUUUAAUGAAAUCUGUCUGGUUGUGCUUAAUGACAGGUUUGAGGUUUGUAUAUCAAUUAUUUUCAGACAGAUAUUUGCUGCACCGCAGAUCCACACUGACUCAAACUUGCGUACACGAUGUCAGACCUGUCAUGAGAUUUGGUCCUAGCUUACGCUCACGUGCAGAUUGAUAAAUGCCGAUCCUCACGUCAAAAUUGUCGUACGCAAGGUGUACGCAAGUUUUCUGCCGUACGCAAGCUUGAUAAAUGAGGGCCAGUGUGAUUAGUUGUGGAGCCAAAUAAAAGAUGAAAUAAACAAAAAAACAUCUUUAGCUGGUUGUAACUUUCUACUAUCAGGAGCUGAGUGUAGAAAUGUUGUAUAAAAGUGAUAUCACACUUGAAGUUGUGAUUAUCUUUAACACCCGCUCUGUGGCCUUGUGUGCAUGACCAAAUCACAGCCAUGAUGAUAUUCAGUACCACAUCACGACCUCAAGUGUGAUAUUGCUUAAUUUGUGAAUUACUAAGGUGUAAAACACAGACUGGAUUUUGUUCUCCAGCAUAUGAUUAAUACAAACAGGAGGUUUUUAGGCAGUUGUAGAGGUAUUUGCAAUAUUUGGUAUCAGUUUUAAAACAACCCUAGUUCAAUGUUGCAUGAGGGGUUGAUGUGGUCAUUGGGGGAACCGUUAUUUCUAAAUAACAAUUAAGGAAAUCACAUUCAAAACUGAUGAAUGAGUCUGGUUUUUCAUUGGAUUCCAGUGGUAUUAAUAAAGAGCAUAAUAAGGGUCCAUGCAGCCUUUCAAGGGGGCCGCAGUCUCCAGUGAAGAGGUCUCAGAGGUACUGAAGCAAAGGUUAUGAAUGACCUGUGCUCAGGCAUUGUUGUUUAAUGUCACAUGACCUGUAUUAUGAGGUACCAGUUACCUCAGUAGAAUUAAUUUUCUCUUUCUGUCAGAGGUCAGAUGGGGUCCCUGUCCACCUGAAGAGGGGUCUUAUGGAUAAGCUGCUCUACAGGACCACCAUGGGUCUGACAGUCGGGGGGGCGCUUUACUGCCUGGUGGCCCUCUACAUCGCUGCUCAGCCAGCUAACAAGUGAUGCUGCAGAGCUGCUGCCUUCUGAUUUGGCGAGAGGUUUCUGAGACCUGGAUGGACAGACAACGGGGUGUACAGGGCCCACUGAUGGGCCUUUCGGAAACCAUAAACAGAGCUCUAUGAAAUGAAACAUUUUGUACAGAAAAUAAUUAUGUGUUCGCAGACAUGACAGUAAAGUUUAUUUUGUUGUAAAAGAA